AUGCUUCUACAAUUACAAAUCUCAAUUCUAUUCAUUGCCUAUUGUAACGCUUUGCCGACUUUUCCCGAUUUCGGGAGUUUCGCUUUUGCGAAAACUGAGUAUGGAGUGAUUCAGGGGAAAAUCGAAAAGCAUGAGAAUACCUUUGCUGAAGUGUACAAUUCGGUGCCAUUUGCGGCGAAUCCAACUGGAGAUCUGAGAUUUGAGUCUCCAAAAGCGCCAGCGAAAUGGCAGCGACCAUUCGAGACGAAUUUCGAGGUGCUCUGUCCACAGUAUCACAUCGUGCCGGCAAUUUCUAGAGUUUCAUUGAACGAAAGCGAGAAUUGUUUAUUCCUCAAAGUGAUCAUUCCGUUGAGAAAUGAUAAGAAACGUUACACGAAGUUGCCGAUCGUUUAUUGGAUUCACGGAAUGUCGUAUACGAAGGGAGGGAAAUACGUCUAUCGUUCUUCUGGAGUAAUCAAGAAUUUUGCGAGUCAAAAGAUCAUUUUCAUUGCUGUCGAUUAUCGAUUGGGUUUUGAUGGUUUUCUCUCACUUUUUCACCCGGAGUUGAGCGGGAAUUUCGGCUUUGAGGAUAUUCUUUUCGGACUUGAAUUUGUCAAGCGUAAUGCCGAGAAUUUCGGCGGUGAUCCGAAUCGAAUCAUUCUCGGCGGUGAAAGUGUUGGCGGAAGUUUGGCCGGUUUGCUAGCUGCAAGUCCAAAAGCAAGAGGGUUGAUCUCGGGAGCGAUGCUCUUCUCGGGCACUUCACUCACCAGUUGGGCGCAAAGGAACGAAUUUACGAGAAGCAAUUCCGAAACGAUUAUUGCUCAUUGCAAUUGCACAAGAAACGAUCCAUUUGAGAGUAAAGAGUGCAUGAAAAAGGUGAAUGCAAGCUGCUAUCGAGAGAAUCUCUACAACGUGAAAUGGGAAUUUCUAUGGGAUUCUCCGGAAAGACUAAUGUACGAGAUCCUCCGAAUGGGCUUCACUUUAGCGACUCCGACUGUCGAUGGAUAUCGAGGAGAUCGAGCUGUUCUACCAAAAAAUCCCCUAGAAUUAGUGAAAAAAAGCAGCGCACAGAAUGUGAGCUUUCUGAUUAGUCACGUUGCACACGAGAGAGCGACUGGAAUGCUGUACUCGGUUUGGGGUAGUCAAUUGCCUGCUUCGCAUUAUGUGAAUGCGAUGGUUUACGCGAAAACUCCGGGUUUUGGAGCGAUACGGAAAGUGUUAAGGGAAAGGUAUAUACCCCUUGGCGAUGUUUACAAUCUGACAGAGAUCACUCGCUUGCUCACAAAUCUUGUGCAAGAUGAAUUACUUUCGGAUGGAGAAAAAGAGGGAAUGAAUUAUGCGGAGAAAGGGAAUAAUGUGUACAUGGUGGUGAACGAUGUUUUUGGAGAACCACAGGGUGGUAUCAACAUGUCACUGGCUUCGGAGCACUGUAUGGAUAUGGUUUUCCUCUUUGACGAGCCGCAUUUGUGCAAUCCACUGCUUGUGCUCAGUGAUGAAAUGAAGCAAAGAGGCUCGAGAUUUGUCGCAAAAUUCUCAAAAUUGAUUGCAGAUUUUGUGCAUAAUAACUCGAUUCGGAAAUCUUUAAAAUAUGGCCCACAUGGCAAGAAUUUCCUUCUGAUCUCCAGCGAAACGAUGAAAAAUCAGACAUUUUCUCAGGAUUCCUACUAUUUUUGGCAAGAAAUGGUGCCAGCAUUGCAAAGAAUAAAUGCAACUUUACCCGAACUUCUCCAAGCUCACCAAGUCGCAUUGAUGGCCGACGAAAAGCUUGGCUUUGCUUGGAGGGAAUUCGCGUUUGGUCUUACGAUCUCUCUUCUUCUAACCGCAAUUUCUCUCCCAACGCUUUACUACUUCUCAAGGAAACGGGUUCAAACGAAAAAU